CUCACCUUGAACCCACUGAGCUCCAAGAAAGCCCUGCGCCGUCUCACCUUGAACCCACUGAGCUCCAAGAAAGCCCUGCGCCGUCUCACCUUGAACCCACUGAGCUCCAAGAAAGCCCUGCGCCGUCUCACCUUGAACCCACUGAGCUCCAAGAAAGCCCUGCGCCGUCUCACCCUGAUCCAACAGAGCUCCAAGAAAGUACCGCGCCAUCUCACCCUGAACCCACUGAGCUCCAAGAAAGUCAAGCGCCAUCUCACACUGAACCCACAGAGCUCCAAGGACGUCCUUCGCCAUCUAACCCUGAUGAUGCAGAGCUCCGGGAAAGCCCUGUGUCACUUAUUGUUGAUCCUAUGCCAUGCCCUGCUGGUCCGGCUGAGCUGCAAAAAAGCCCUAUCUAUGUGACUUCCACGCAGGCUCAGCAUAGUCCUCGACCGCUCACUUACACCUCUUCAAGCCCCACACAGAAUUCCACAGAGCAUCAGCUCAUGUCCACAGAGUCUGAGCGGAAUACAACGCAGGGUAGUCCUAUGCCUUGUAGCCAUGCACAUUCUCCGAACAGCCCAAACCAAGCAGGACUUAGUCCUAUUCGGGUUCAGCCAGGGCCUGGUGAGCCACCACAAUGCCCUCCACCACAUUGUCUUGCACAGGACAACACUUCACAGACGCAGCUUGAGAAACCAUGUAGUCCUUUGAACAUCAUCACACAGAUUCAGCACAGUCCCCCACAAAGACAUAGUCCUGCACAAGCCGGCACAUCACAUCAACAGAGUCUAACACAGAAUGCUGAACCUACACUGAAGAGUCCUGGAUCAAGCAGCCCUGCACAGCUGCAAUGUGGGGUUGCACAGGACAUUUCUACACUGGACCAGGACCACUCACUUGUCUUCUGUAGGUCUACCCAUCCAACAAGAAGACACGCCUCAAAGAGGCCCAUUUCAGCUCCAUGUAGCCCAGCACUGGUCCCACACAGAGCCACGCAGUGUAGUCUGUCACAACCUGCAAGCCCAGUACAGGCCCACUCUUUACAACCUGUUAGGCCUUCACAGCUUAGCCUACUUCCUUCUUUGCUUGAUACACAGUCAAAAAAGGAAUCCAACCAAACUGGUACCACAGAGCUGAAGUCUUCAGAGCACAGCCCUAUGCAGAGUCUUAACGUUGAUGGCCAAACACCGGAAAGUAGCCCUAUCCCUCUUAGCCACACUUCUGACCUGUCUGCAAUGCCACCGGAUGGCCACGGCACAGAUGGCAAAUUCCCAAACCAGCUUGGUGCUGUUCAGAGUAGUGCGCUUAACCCGGACCAUUCUAGCCCCUUUCAUGUCCAUGCCAUGCCCACACCAGAAAGCCUUGUUCACAUUAGCACUUCUCUGGAACACUGUAGCCUGACUUGCUUGCCUUGUGCUGAUGAAACGGAGGAAAUUCCUCCCCCAGCAAGCCACAUUCAUCAGAGUCCUUCUUGUGAAUGCCCAUCAAGCUUCACAGAAGCUAUUGAAGGUAAAGCCAGCCCCAUACAUAUCCAAAAUAGCUCAGCUAGUGCUAGUCCCAAACAUGGCAGUCAAAUGCCUACUAACCCUGUCAGCUCUCUUCAGGCUUGUGCUAGUCCAGUACCACAGCAGAAUAGCGCUUCUCAUGUCAGUCCUCAAGCUGCAGAGACUAGCCCCUUAACACAACCAGCUAGCCCUGUAACGCUUCGAGCUAGCUACUCUGAGCAACCAAUUGACUGCUUGGCGCCACCUGUUACAUCCUCAACACAACCAGCUAGCCUAUCAGCAGUACUGGCUACACCCAUCCACCCCAUCUCCUGUCAGGAAGAGGAGAUGGAGCUAGCUGUCGACCACUCUAAUCGCGAUCAGUCAGAAACUUGUCCGAGUCAUCCUAUCUCCACCCCGGACAGUCCAGUACAUACUAGCCCAACUCAUGCUAGGCCAGUCAUCACACAAGCUAACAGUGGCUACAGUCUGAUGGGCUCCAUGCAUGCUCAAGAUGGGAUUAGUCCGUCUGUUUGUGGUGUUGCAGAGCUCGCACAGACUGACACAAGCCAAAGUCCCACACAUCCUGGUCAGUCAAGUUCCUCACAUGUACAAACUACCUGCAGUCCUUUGCAGACUUCGCCAGUACAGACAAGCCCCCUGCCUACAACAAACUUUAGUCCUCCACACUGUAGGCUGACUGAUACUAGCCCAGCUAGUAGCCCUGUUAGCCACAGUCUGAGCCAUUGUGGCCAGACAAGUUCCUGCUCUGCUUGCGUAAGUGACGUUAGCUUCAUCAUCAGUCCACCUAGGUCUAGUCCUGCUGGUCAAGCUAGUCCUGUUCACAUACAAAGCACUUCUAGUACUGCCCACUCAGGCCCAGUCCAAAGACGGAGUCCCUCAUUAGCUAGCAUGACAUACAGCAGCCCUGCACAUGCUACUGUCACUUGUGUUAGUCCACCUCACAGUCCAGCUCAGGCCAGUGAAACAUAUUGUAGCCCCACAGGUAGCCCCCAUUCUAGCCCAGCUCCUCACACUGGAAACGGGUAUGGCCUUACUGUGGCACGGCUGAGCCCCGCUUUGCCUAACUCAAGUCUUGAUGUGAAGGAGGAGGUCAGUUCUGUAAUUAAGAGCUCUGUUCUUCCCGAUGUGGUUCAGCUUGAUUCUGGUCUUGUUAAACAUACAGACUGUAUUAGGCAGACGAGCCCAACACCUGCCAGUUCCCUACCUGAUGACUCAUCUGCUGUUAGCCCCAUUCAGGCUAGACUGAGUCAGGUUAGCCAGUGCCCAGCAAGUCCUCUCUAUACCCACGAUGGGUAUGCUGUUGGAAGCACUGCCUCGGGAAGCCCCUUGUAUCAAAGACCAGUCACUCCUGUUGAUGCCACUUACACUCAGGCCAGUCCGAGCCAUGCUAGCCCUGACCAUUCUUCUCCCACUCAGGAUAACACUGCGAUGCCUAGCACAAGCCACACUAGUGAACCGCCCUCUGCCCCCUCACAGGUUAGCCCUCCUAAUUCUCCACAUGCUCAAGCAGGCUCUGUGCACACUAGCACAGUUGCUAGUUCUGUUUGCGACCCCUUGCAAUCAGGUCAUACCCAGGUUAUCCCUAGCUUGGUGCGGCUAGAGACUAAUCCCAGUCCUGCUACUCCUGUGCAGCCAGAGGUUAGUCCCAGUCCUGGUCCUGCUAGCCCUAUGAGGUGUGAGGCUGGUCCCGGUUCUGUUAGCCCUGUUCUUGCCACCCCUGGGCAAUCUGAAACUAGCCCUAGUCCUGGUCCUACUAGCCCUGUGCAGCUUGAUGGUGGUCCUGGUCCUGGAAGCCUUUCUGUUUCCAUCCCCCAGCAACGCACACAGACAGAGAGGAGGGAGUCUGCAUCCACUGUGGAUGUCAGCGUGGCUGAGAAAGAGGAGGAAGACUUGGAGAGAGCAGCUCCACAGCAGGAGGAGGGGGAGGAGCCUUAUCAGACGGCAAAGCAGAGUCCCGAAGGAGGAGAACAGGAUCAGAAGAAGGAUCAGCACAGCAGCUCCAACUGUUCCUCAGAAGUCCAGCUUGGAUCUGUACUGAAUGAAGACCAUCAGUCUCCUCCACACACUGCUGCUUCUGCCUCUCCCCUCCUCCCGCAGCCAGCUUCUCCCUCCCCUCAACCCACCACACCACACUCUGCCUUACCCCUCCAACAGCCCUCUUGCUCUCCGUCAUCUUCACCUCCUGCCUUCCCCCUCCCCUCACCACUAUCUCCUCCUCCUAGAGCUGGCUCUCUGGAGGCCUCCCCCACCUCCUCCCCUCACAGGACUGCCUUACUCCCCUCCUGUUCCCCCCACACUCCACCUUCUCCCUCCCCUCAUCUGGAGGACCUCCCCCAGGAAGAGAAACCUACUAAUCAAAGAGAAGCCGAGACGGGGACGGGAGCAAAGUCUGAGCUAGAGGACAGAACGCUUUCCUGUCAUGUGACGUUGGCAGAUGACAGCCAAUCACAGCGCCAAUUUGAACCUGUUGCUACAGCAACAGACCUCACCAAAGAUAAGCACCAAUCACAAGCUGAGCCUUCAGAGAGGGAGGAGGAGGAACCUCCUGAAACGCCAGAACAAACAUCACCAGCCGGGUCAGCUGCUCAUAAGGUGGUUGCAGGACAACAGCCGAUGAGGGAGAAGCAGGAUGCGAAGGAGGAGAUGAGAGCGAGUGGUGUGAAGGAUGAAGAGGAAGUGGAGGAGGAGAGGGAGGGCACCGAGCAGGAGGAACAAUCAGAUGAGGAGGAGGAGGAGCCAGUGAGCCCAGGGCUGGAACUGGAGCACUCUUUAGACAUGGAGGUGUUGGAACUGAUGACGUCAUCUCCUCCCCCCUCCCUCCUCCACCUGUCCUCCCACAGCCUGCCUCCCUUCUCCCGCCGGGGAAAGGGUCGGACUCUCAGAACUCCUCUCUGCUCCUCUAGGCCAUCAGAUGACCUCGCCAUCCGUCUGAGGCAGUCUCCCUUCUCCACAGAGGCCUCCCCUGAGACCUCCCCCACCAGAGCUCCCAUGACCCCGCCUCCGCUCUCCCCGCUGUCACCUCCUCUCCGGUCCUCCCCCGCUACCAGAGAGUCUCCACCUCUCUCCAAG